GCCGCUCGGAGAGACUGGAAUUCGCUGGAAAAUAUCUUCUUGACCCCGUGUUCUGAACAUCCUUCUCUCAUUCCAGUAUCAAGAAAUCGAACCGCUUGUGUCACCCACAAUACACAUAGCCGCGCGGAAAGGUCGCUACAUCAUCAUCAAAUAAUUGGUGGCGUUCAACCAACCCUCCCCAGCCUUACGAGGCAGAUUUACUACUCCGAAACGGACUUACCCAUCACUAAUAUCAUUCGCCAGACUCAAACACCCACAUUUAAGGCUGCUGCGAGUCAGGCCGGGUCUUCCGGGGCAAAAAUGCUUCUGGAAGGCUGUCUACUGAAGACUCAUCCUCGUCACAGCGUCGUACGAACUAUUGACAGUCAAGAGGCUUGUGAUGGGUUACGCCAUGCCAUCAAUGCCGUGACACGCAACACGACAAAGCUUGCGCGCUUACCCGCAUUAUCAGUACUACAUCUCAUUUAA